AAGGGAGGUUACUCUUUUUACAGCAUCGGCGACGGAAACUGGUAGGAAAAAACUGCAUUAAAAUGACGGAAGAAGAUGACAAGGGUUAUCGUUGGGAAACAGAAUAUGAAAAGACAUGGGAAGCAUUGCAGGAGGAUGAUGAAGGUUCUCUACAGCCAAGCAUUAAUGACAUGUUGCACAAAGCUAAAAGAAGAAAAUUGCUUGAAAAAAUCACAAAUGUUAGGCUGGGAAUGAUGAGGCACAUGUUUAUCAUCAUUGACAUGUCAGUUUCGAUGGAUGAUCAGGACCUGAAACCAACAAGGCUUGUUUGCUCUUUAAAGUUAUUGGAACAUUUUAUAGAAGAAUAUUUUGACCAGAACCCUAUAAGCCAGCUUGGUAUUAUAGUGACAAAGAACAAAAGGGCCGAAAAAGUUACUGAACUUGGAGGCAAUCCAAGACGUCAUAUAACAGCUCUUCAGAAAUUAAAGGAGAGAACCUGUCAGGGAGAGCCAUCAUUACAGAACUCACUUGAACUGGCUAUGCAAACUCUCAGACAUAUGCCAAGUCAUGCAAGUAGAGAAGUACUAGUGUUGUUUGGAAGUUUAACAACAUGCGAUCCUGGAGAUAUUCUGGAGACUUUGAAGUUGCUAAAAGAGACACAUAUAAGAUGUUCAAUGAUUGGCCUGGCGGCUGAGGUCAGAAUCUGUAAGAAGCUGUGUUCAGAUACAAAUGGUAAAUACACUGUGAUAUUAGAUGAAAGUCAUUUUAAAGAUCUGUUAAAUCAACAUACAAGUCCUCCGCCAGCCAUGAUGAAUACAGAAUCCUCCCUGAUCAGAAUGGGAUUUCCACAUCACCAUCUAGGUGGAGACAGAUCUGGUGAUAAACCAUCUAUGUGUAUGUGUCAUCUUGACAGUAAAUCAGUUGAAGGUUUCAGUACAACAGGGUAUUUCUGUCCACAGUGUAAGAGUAAAUAUUGUGAACUACCUGUGGAGUGCAAGGCUUGUGGUUUAACACUGGUAUCAGCUCCGCAUCUUGCUCGGUCUUACCAUCAUCUGUUUCCGCUAGAUCAGUCACAAGAAAUUCCAGUCACAGACUUUGAUCCUGGGCAAAACAUAUACUGCUUUGCAUGUCAGAUUCAAAUACAGGACCAAACAGUGUACCAGUGUCGAAAAUGCAAGCGUAUAUUCUGUAUAGACUGUGAUAUAUUUGUGCAUGAAACUCUUCACUCAUGUCCUGGUUGUGCAAGCUCUCGUAAAACGCAGACUGCAGAAGCUGUCUUCACUUAGUGUGAUAUAUGGAAAAUCUUGUUGCGUAAAUUCUCUACAAGUUGAAAUAGUUCUAUAGAAAUACAAAAAUCUAGAUAAUGUGGAAAAGUAAUUAAGCAAAAUAAAAAGAGCAAAAGCAGUAUCCUCAUAGAAUUACAAAAGUCUUAAGGUAUGUCGGACGAUAUGAGUUGUGCAGUCAAACAGAAUUGUGCAGCAGCAAGCUUUUAGUGUUCAUGAUCACUGAAACAGAUGUUCCAGUAAGAGAGGGGCGGAGUUACAAUGCCAUUGUGGGAUUCAAAUUUCUGUGCAGCUAUUGUGUUUUACACUAUUAAGCUACACGUAGACACUGUUUUCUCAGGAGAAGGGAAUUUGAGUACAUAAUUGUUUGAUCAAAGAUGGCAUUUGGUAUGAUUUGUUUAUUGAAAUACUCGAUUAAAGAUAACUACAAAAUGUACAA